UUCUCUCUCCUCUCACGUUCUUCUCCUUGUUUCUUCUUCUUCCUCUUCCUCUCGAAGCAAUCGAAAAACAAGCAUUUUCCAAAUUUCUCUGCAAAAUGAAGAGAUUUUUUGUAAAUCUUCUGUUUUUCCUCUCGAUCUCUUCUCUAUUCAUUUCAUUAACAUCCGCAGAAAUAAAAAAUUUAGAGAUCCGUGCAGAUUCAAGACCAAUGAUCUUAUUCGAACGAUUCGGUUUCACUCAUACCGGCCACGUUAAUGUUAAAGUAACAGAUGUACAAUACUCUUCAUCUGUUUCACAACCAGAUCCAUCUCGAUUAGGUUUUUUUCUUCUCUCAGAAGAAGCCCUAAUUCAAGUAAUCAUAGAAAGUGAACAAAACCCUAAUUUCUGUGUUCUUGAUAGUCAUUACAUUCUCUCGUUAUUCACUUUUAAAGAAUUAAAUCCACCUCAGAGUAAUUCUUACAAUAAUUCAUUCCCUGUUACUGUUCCUAAUGAGUACAGUCUUUUCUUUACAAAUUGUGUACCACAAUGUCAAGUUAAUAUGGAUGUUAGAACAGAGAUCUACAAUGUUGAUAAUGGUGUUGACAAGGAUUAUCUACCAGCAGGUCAGACUAAACUACCUAUGAUGUAUUUUGUGUUUUCAUUAGCUUAUUUUGUCUUCUUAGUUGGCUGGAUUUAUGUUUGUAUUACAAAUAAGCAUUCGGUUCAUCGAAUUCAUCUUUUGAUGGCGGGGUUAUUGUUGAUGAAAGCAUUGAAUUUGAUAUCUGCUGCUGAGGAUAAACAUUAUGUUAAGGUUACUGGGACGGCUCAUGGAUGGGAUGUGUUGUUUUACAUUUUCCAGUUUAUUAGGGUAACGUUGUUGUUUACUGUGAUUGUGUUGAUUGGAACUGGUUGGUCGUUUUUGAAGCCAUUUUUACAAGAGAAAGAGAAGAAGGUGUUGAUGAUUGUGAUUCCCUUACAAGUUUUAGCCAAUUUAGCUUCAGUUGUGAUUGGAGAAACUGGUCCUUUUAUCAAAGAUUGGGUAACUUGGAAUCAAGUUUUCUUGUUGGUUGAUAUCGUUUGUUGUUGUGCAAUUAUAUUCCCAAUCGUAUGGUCGAUCAGAUCAUUGAAAGAAACAUCGAAAAUGGAUGGGAAAGCUGCGAGGAAUUUGGCUAAGUUGACACUAUUUAGACAAUUUUAUAUAGUUGUGAUUGGGUAUUUGUAUUUCACGCGAAUAGUGGUGUUUGCAUUGAAAACAAUUUCUGCAUACAAGUAUCAAUGGGUUAGUACUGCAGCUGAAGAAACAGUGAGUUUGGCAUUCUACAUGGUAAUGUUCUAUAUGUUUAGACCAGUUGAGAAGAAUGAGUAUUUUGUGCUUGAUGAGGAGGAAGAAGAAGCUGCACAGCAGAUUUUGCAAGACGAAGAAUUCGAGCUUUGAAGAGUUUUGCAGACAGGCAUCAGUAUAUUUUACUGUUGUUGUCUGUCAAAGUUUGAGUUAGCAUAGCUAACAGUAGAACUGCUCGGUUUGGUGUAGUAUGGCGAGUCCCCUUUACCACAUCUCUUUCCUGUAAUAAGGCCAACAGACAUCUUGUUUAGUGUUUGGGUUGUGGUUGCUGGAACCUUGUUGUAUGCCAUUUUGAUGUGUGCUAAAGCACAGAAGUAAAAGCAUUGUUUUUGUUUCUUCUUUUUUCAUUUUAUGGUUCUUGUUUCAUUUUCAUUUGGUUAAUAGAAAGUUCCUGUGAAUGUACUUCUUUUAUGCUUUUAUAACAUGAGACUGAACAAGCCGUGAUAUGAAA